UUCACUAUGGCUACAUCGUAUCAACUUCAUUUUGAGGAUGAACUUGUCUGUGCCAUCUGUUUGAAGUUGUUCACAGAUCCUGUUACAAUUCCCUGUGGCCAUAAUAUCUGCAUGAAAUGCAGAACAAGUUAUUGGGAUAAAGAAGUGGAUGUGAAGGCAUACAGCUGCCCAAGAUGCCGUGGGAGCUCCUCUCAAAAGACUCAGCUUUGUAAGAACAGUGUUCUCUGUAAAGUCGUGAAAAAGGUUCCCAAAACUGUGAAGAUAACUCCUGAAGAAUCAUGCUUUGGUCCAAAUGAUGCCACUUGUGAUUUUUGUACUGGCAAAGAGGUAAAAGCCACCAAGUCCUGUUUGGAUUGCAUGGCAUCAUUCUGUGAAACCCACGUCCGGACCCAUUACGAAAAUGCAGCACUGAAGCUUCACAAGCUGGUCAAUCCAGUCAAAACGAUAGACAAUGGUAAUUGCAAGAUGCACAAAAGGCCAUUGGAUCUGUUCUGCAGAACAGAUGAAACUUUCAUCUGUUGCAUAUGUAUAGUCCAAGAGCAUGGGGACCACACAAUUGUGACUAUAGAAGAGGAGAGAGAGAAGCAGCAGAGAAAACUUGUCAAUAAAGGCAAGUCAUUAGAAGAACAUGCAAAAGUGACUGAAAUUGAGAUCGAAGACCUAAGAAAGCAAACGAAUUCAAUUAGAGGUUCUGCAAUUACAUUGCAAGAAUACAUCACUGCCAAGUUCAAUGAAUUAGUUCAAGAUAUCGAGGAAGCAAAAUUGAGGGUGGUGGAAUUCAUAGAGAAGGAAGAGCAAGUAGCACUGUCUAAGACUGAAGAAGCUAUUGCUAAAAAAGAACAGAAGUACAUUGAGUUGGGGAAAGAGAAACUUGUGAUGGAAGAGCUUUCUGAAAUUGUUGAUAAUAUUAAAUUUCUACAAGAAUCCAAAACUUUAAGCAAUAAAUGUGGAGCGUUCUCAUCCCAGGAGAACUGUGAGGUGGACAUUAGUUUUCUGGGUUUAGACCAGGUUGUGAUUAACCUGAAGGAGCAGCUGGUGAGUAAAUGCAACCAACUUGUGGAAAACCUAAGCACUGAAGUGGCAGGCCUGAGGCAGUAUUGGCCAAAGUUUUUGGAACCACAGAACCGGACUGAACUUCAGAUGUUCUCCCGACGACUGACAUUUGACUCAAAGACAGCACACAAGUGCCUCUCUCUGACGAAAGGGAACCACAAAGUGACAAACAUCUGGCCAGAUGAGAUUUACUGUGUUGAUCACACCGAACGGUUUGACUGUUGCUGGCAACUGCUGUGUGCAGAAAAAUUGGACAAAGGUGUUCAUUACUGGGAAGUUGAAAUCAGUGAAGGCUGCUGUGUGGGUGUGACAUAUAAAAGUAUAACGAGAAAAGGAUCAGGCAGCUCAUGCUUCAUUGGGAGGAAUAACCACUCAUGGGGUAUACAGCUAUUUAACAGUCAUUGCUCAGCAUGGCAUAAUAAUGUAGAAGUUAAAACAAAAUCAGAGAAAUAUGAACAAAUUGGUGUGUAUCUAAACUAUCCCAAUGGAAUUCUUGCCUUUUAUGCUGUUUCUGACAUUGGUGUUACCUUAUUAUAUAGAUUCCAGGCUGUAUUCACUGAGCCACUGUACCCAGGCUUUAGACUAAUAAAGAGCCAAUCAUUUUGUUAUAUUUGUGAUUGAAUUGGGCAUUGUACAAUUUACUAAGGCCGGUGUCAUGAAAAUGGCACCUCAGAACUGUUAGUACUAAAAUAGAAGAUUCACUAAUGACAAUAGAUAUAGGCAAACUAUUGACAUGUUUCCAGAAGGCUAAUGGUGAAGUAGCUGAGAAUUGUAUUUCUAAGAUCUCAAUGGAUGUAUUUGCAAAUAUCUUGAAAUGUAUCAAGACCCCCCAAAAAUUAAAACCAUUUUCAGAAAUAAAUUGAAUAUUUUCUAUGUACGGGAGCCAGAGCAUUUUACUGUGAUGUCCACCAGAGGCUAAGUCUGUGCUGCAACAGAUGUUAUCUUGAUGUAAUGUGAAUUUUAAGUGCUCUUCUCUUUGAACAUACUGGGAGCAUAAUUGGACAGUGCUGGAAAGCAUGGACUAAUGUUGUCAUAUAUGAUUAAUCCAAAUGCAUCUCACCUGAGUCCUGAUGCAGGGUUUCGACUCGAAAUAUCGACAAUUCCUUUCCUCCCACAGAUGCUGCUCGACCUGCUGAGUUCCCUCAGCAGAUUGUUUGUUGCAUCUAACCAGAUACAGACACACUCAAAAUUCAUCUUGCAAACUCAUUGUCAUGAUUUUUGUGACCAGUCA